GUGACGUGACAGGGAGCAAAGGGUCAGGCUGAUCUGAAGUUGCGAGCGAGCGAGAGUGGAGGCUUGUACACUGGAGGGUGCGUCAUCAAACAUGAAGGAAGACAAGGAGAAUACCAAACCCAGGGAGAAGAAGGUGGAGGUUAAAUUGGAGGAGAGGGCAGAGAGACCUGAGAAGAAGGAGAAGAAAGAGAUCUUGACCAAGGUGGUGAUCCGUCGUUUGCCUCCCAGUCUGACAAAAGAACAGUUAGAAGAGCAACUUGCCCCGUUGCCUGAGCAUGAUUACUUUGAAUUUUUUUCUACCAAUUCAAGUUUAUUUCCCCACAUAUUUUCUAGAGCGUACAUCAACUUUAAAAACCAAGAUGACAUUGUCCUCUUCAGGGAUCAGUUUGAUGGCUACGUUUUUAUUGACAGCAAAGGUCAGGAGUACCCUGCUAUUGUAGAAUUUGCCCCUUUUCAGAAAAUUCCAAAAAAGAAGAGCAAGAAAAAAGAUGCAAAAGUGGGAAGUGUUGAAGAUGGUAUGGACCAUAUACAUUUUAGUGAUGAUCCUGAAUAUAAAAAGUUUUUGGAGAGUUAUAAUAAUGCAGAUGAUGAGAAAAAUUCAAACAAUCCCGAAACACUUCUGGAGGAAAUUGAAGCCAAAACGAAAGAGUUAGCAGCUAAGAAAACCACACCCCUUUUGGACUAUGUGAAAAAUAAACAGAGAAUACGAGAGGAAAAAAGAGAAGAGAGGAGGAGAAGAGAGCUGGAAAAGAGGCGACUUCGAGAAGAGGAAAGGAGGAAAUGGAGAGAGGAUGAAAGGCGGAAAAGGAGAGAAGCAGAGAAGCAAAAGAAGAUGUUGGAGAAAGGAUUUGAUAAAGAUAAGGACAGAUCAAAGGAUGAACCAAAGAUAAAGCUUCUGAAGAAGUCAGAUAAAGGGGAUGAUUCCAGUUUAGAAAAGCCGAGGGAGAAAGUGAAGAAACUGGAGAGAGAAAGAGCUAAAGAGGACAGAUCAUUCACUGGACAGAGUAAACGCCUGGAGAGUGCCAUCCGGGAAGAUAAAGGAAAGAAGGUUGAAGAUGAUGGUGGAAGAGACUACCGGGAUAGAGAAGAAAGGGAACGUGAGAGAAGGCUGAAGGAGAAAGAGCGUCAGAAACGACAGGACGAAGAAAGGUGGAAGGCAAGAGAACGAUGUGAGGCUGACAAGCCUUUCAGAAAAAAAGAUGAAGAGAUCAAGAAGGAAAAGGAUCAAACAAAUGAAAAGGCCAGGAAGAAGGAGAGCUCUGAGACUACAUCAAGCUAUGACAAGUUGGAAAAAGGAAAAGAGGAGAAGAAGGAAGAUAGUAUAGCAAAAAAGGAACGAAUCCGAAAUAAGGACCGCCCGACUAUGCAGCUGUACCAACCGGGGGCACGGAGUCGCAGCCGAUUAAUGACAUGUGCAAAGUCUAGCGAGAGCAGCAUAAAGCCGCCAGAAGCAAGUGAGGAGAAAAAAGAGGAAUUUGAGGCUUCGAGGAAUAUUGCAGAAAAGGAGAGUGAAGAAUGAAAAGGCUGCUGCUAGUUCAAAGGUUGAGCAGUUGUGGCACACCAACCAAGUAUGGGGAAGUCCAAAAGUGUGCUUAUUGGAGAGGAGUUCCGAGAACAAGGCUGGUGUGGUUGCUUGUCAGAUAAAAUAUUUGAAACUGGUAAUUUCCCUAUUUUAAGAAUGGAGGUUUUAUUUUGCCAUCACAAUUGUGACAGGGCACAAAUGUGCAAGAUUAUUGCAGUUGGAGGUUGACUGGGAUGUAAAUUAGACACUGCGCUUACUAGACAGGUGCUAGUGACUCUGAAAAUGUUCUAGCCAACAGCUUUGAUAUAUUAAUGACAUCCCAUCAUUUGCUUCAGUAGGCAAAUAGCAAGUAAAGGAAAUAUUCUGUCAGCUACAGCAGAAUUGUACCAGCAACUGCUAGUAACUUACCUGGGUCGUAAGUUAAAUGAAAGUUUGGUGCACCAUUACAGAUUAUAACAUGGGAGACCAAAUUCUUAGUGGCCUUAUUGACCUUUUCACUUGUGGAAUGUAUGAAAAGGCCCAGGGAGGAGGGGUGGGGAGUGGAAUUUCACAGUUGUUCUUUCAUAUUUGCUAUAAGUGCUACAUUUUAGGGUUAGACUUGUCUAUAACUAAGAACUUGGAAAAAGUCCCGGUUGCAAUCUAUAUUGAAGGGACUGAAGGUUAUGUAAUUCUUCAGUUUAUUCUUUAUACUCUUUAAAAGUUUAGUUAAUAGGUUAAAGUGAUUUCGGUGGGAACAGCUUAGAAAAAUUUAACUUUGUUCAUUUCUUGUUUCUGUGCCAAUCCAGUACUUUUAACUCAAAUUGUACCCCAUUGCCCAGUCAUAUAUAAAGUACAUAUAAGAAUUUAUCAGAUAAUAGUUGGAAAUGAUUCAUACUUGCCUUUUCGUGUGAAUCAAAAAUUUGUUUCCAAUAUAACUCCCUCACUGUUUCAUUUGUGGCACUAUUCCUUGUCUUAGGAAGCCUCAAACAGUGCCACUGCCUGGUCAUCCAGCAGAGGGUGCUGAUAACAUGGCAACCUGGAGUCUUUAUGUGUUGAUGCUUAGUGUUAUGGAAACCUGCUGUUGGAUGGAUAGAUGUGUACGCCUUUUAUUAAACAAAGGUACUGGAAUGGUAGUCUGAUUUUGGAGUAGGAAAAACAGUUGAAAUUCGUUGUGGGGGUUUUCUUAGAAGGGAGAAAUCAGAUCUGUUCAGUAACCAGUUUUAUUUUGAAAAUUUACUUCUGAAGAGUGUAACUAGUUUUGGAUCAUGUGUGGCAGAAUAAACAGGCAAAUAUUGAGCCUGUUUCUUGAUCCCUGAUUUGCAACAUUGCUGGUUCCUUGUGCUUUUAUACAUCUGGUGGACAUUGUUCAUAGUUCAGGGCCUGUGAAACUGUAACAAUCAAAAAGAAAUGCAACUAGGAACAGCAAACACUGUUGGCUUUACUUUUUAUUUAGCAUUAGAAAGGUUGCAAAGCUGGUGGUACAUUCCAAGAACUGUUGAAACGAUUCCUUCAGUAGAAAAUUGAAAUUUUUGCUAUUUUUAAUUCUCAAGGCUAUGCAUUUGCUUUUUUUCAUGAAUUGUUUAUAUUUUUAACAGUGUUGAACACUUGCAAUCAAUAAAUAUCAAUGACAAA